AUGGAUACAGCGUUUUUCAACCGGCCGUCAUAUGCUUCACCAAUGAACUAUUGUUACGCCGCGAGGGACGGGCAGCCGAUUCUCCACAUGAAACACCCGGGGACGAGCGGAACACAGAAGUGCUCGUUCAGUAUCGAGGCCAUCCUCUCCACCAGUCCCCGGGAACCUGUCCAACACAGAGUGGAAACUCAUCAUGGGCCAACGUUUUCUGCACCGCCUGCUCUGCCACUGUGGCUUCCAGCGGGAUAUUCCGCUCCGAGCUCGCCUGGCUCUUACCCCCACCAUUACAUGGGUUAUCAGCAAAGCGACAUCCACCACCAAGCGCUGUAUAACGAAGGUUUUUCUGGGCCUUGUGGAAAGCUGAUGUCUAGAAGAAAUUACGUACGGAGAACCUGUAGGAGAAUCCGCACCAUCUUCACCGACGAACAGCUGAAGAAGCUGGAGGAAGUGUUUAGCAAGCAGCGCUACAUGACGGGGACUGAGAAGGUGCUCCUGGCCUCUGCGUUGCGCCUCUCUGAGACGCAGGUGAAAGUUUGGUUCCAGAACAGGAGGACGAGAUGGCGCAAGACACAGGAGGACAAGGCCUCCAGCUCUCCGCAGAGCAACGAACUCCGGAUCCCUUCUCCAACAGAGGGUGACCAGUUUAACACGGUGGAAGAGGAGGAUUCAUGGUCAUCUUGA